AUGGGUUGGGUCUAUAAUCUCAACGAAGAAGAUCCAAACAGCGAGAUCCCGAAAGUUAUCGGUGUCUGUUUGACGUUCUCUAUUCUUUCCUUCUUCGCCGUGUGCCUGCGGUUUUACGUGAGAAUAAGUCGCAAUCGACUCUUGUGGAUUGACGAUUAUUCUUCAUUGGCGAGUUCUAUAAUGACUCUUGCUUAUGCUGGGAUCGCUGUUGCUCAAACAAGAUGGGGUCAAGGUCUCACUUCGGCCUUUUUCCCGGAAGAAAAUGUGAUUCCUUUUAGCAAGAUACAGUACGCUGGUGGACCUAUCUAUUGUCUCGAUCUUCUCGGAUUCAAGGUUGCAUUACUGGCUUCAUAUCUGCGCAUCGCCGGGGUUGUUGCUCUAUAUCGAAAAAUAAUUAUCUUCGCCAUCAUUGUUUGCGUUAUCAAUCAACUGAUUUUCACGUUUAUCAUAUCGAUGUCCUGCGCACCAAUUGCAAAACAAUGGGACAGCUCGCUUGAGGGGCAUUGUAUCAACACUAUUCCGUUCUACUUUUCCUUGGCAGGUACAAGCAUAGGUUUGGACAUACUUAUUAUUGCACUGCCUCUGCCAGUCCUUUGGAGACUGCAACUCAAAGCCAAGCAGAAAAUUUUUCUCGUCUGCUUGUUUGCUCUGGGCUUCUUCGUUACCGUGAUUCAGGUCAUCCGGAUAUUCACUGUCAAGGCCUUAGUGACCUACACGGACAGUAAAAAUAUUGUGAUCUGGUCUUGUGUGGAGGUCAGCCUAGGUGUCAUUAUUUCCUGCAUUCCAACCUACGGGCCUUUAUUCAAAUCUCGUGCAUCUAUGGACAAAUCAUAUCGGACCCCGAACACGAGUCGUUCCUAUCCUCUUGGCACCCUUCAGAACGAGGCCACGACUGGAACAGCAACCCAUAGUUCGCGCAGGAGGAGCAAAUUUGAGCAGCUAUGUGAAUCAGAAGGACAAAAAGCAACAGUGAUUGAGUCACGGAGGAAUGGCAAAUCGGAUGAUGCUGAUAGUCAAAAGUAUAUGCUGCCCGAAGGGGAAAAUCUAGAAGUCUAUGUGACCUCCGAAUUUAUAAUCAAGUCUGGCCCUGCGACUUGA